GACAUAAACAUAACCCUAGUUGUGGUGUGUGUUGUGUGCUUGCUUUUGAUAAUUUAAAUUUGGUCGAUCUCGAUUUCCAGCUUCCACACCUCCAAUUUCCUGGUGGAUUAGAUUGAUUUUAUAGCUCCUACUUCAUAUUAUGGCCCAUUGUUCUCUUCUGCUGAAAUGCAGGAAUGAGGACUUAUUGAGGUGCUCCUUUAUAUGUCAUAGAUUUUUUUCAACCCAGAGGGUUUUAAAUAAAAAGAAAGGAAACGAUAGCGUGCCAGUGUUUGAUUAUGGUGCACCAUCUGAAAAAACCAGAAGGGUUUAUGCCUGGGGAGUUGCGGAGACUGGAGCUCUUGGAAAUUAUACCUCUAAGUUAAAACAGAAGAUGAAAAAACUUGCAGAAUUUUACCACCAUCCAAUACGUUUGAAUUUUAGUUUACUGUAUCAGGUUUAUGACAUUACUUGCGGGUAUGGCUUUACAGCAUUUACGGUUGAACCAAACCUGCUUAAAGGUCCCCACAAAGUUUUCGGUUGUGGUGUUAAUACAGAUUCUCAAAUUGGUUACCAUGCUCCCCGGAAAGGCCACCCAUUGGCAAUGCUCAUGAAUCCUGGUCCAAUUGAAAUUCCUUUCAAAAACUUCAAAACCAAAGUCAUCGGGCUUGCAGCUGGACGUGCCCAUUUACUUGUACUAACUGACGAAGAGGGAGUCUUUACACUAGGGAACAAUGCAUAUGGACAAUGUGGGCGUCCUGUUAUUGCAGAUGAAAACUAUGUGGGUAGCAGAAAUAUUCAUUGUAUCCCGGAUGUGUCUGGAUCUCGAAUAAGAUCAGUAGCUUGUGGUCAAGAUCAUAGCAUGUUCAUUACUCAAAAUGGUGAUGUUUAUGCGUGUGGUUGGAAUGCUGAUGGGCAAACAGCUCAAAACAACUUUGAAUCACAUUUUGAACUCCGGAGAGUAACUGGUGAUAUUGAAGGAGAAGACAUUGUCAAAGUGUCAUCUGCUGGAGAUUGUGUGUUAGCAUUGAACAGAAAGGGUGAGGUGUUUGGAUGGGGUAACUCUGAGUAUGGUCAGCUAGAAAGGCACACUCUUCAGCUGUCCACCUCCAAACACCUCAAAUCCACUACACACCUUGGCAAAAUAGUUGAUGUAGCUGCAGGGGGAUCAUUUUGUAUGGUUCUGAAUGAGCACGGACAAGUAUUUGUGUGGGGGUAUGGUAUUCUAGGAAAGGGCCCAAAGGCUCAAAAAUCUGAUGAGCCAACUGAAAUACCAUCAGUGUUGUUUGGUAAAAAUAAAUUCCAGCCAGAUGUGAAAGUGACUAGUAUUGCUUGUGGUGUUCAUCAUUUAGCAGCUCUCACAAACUCUGGAGACUUGUACACAUGGGGACACAAUCGUGGUGGUUGUUUGGGUCAGGGACAUGAAAAGGAUCAGUUCUUUCCCCUGAAGGUUGCCAUAGGAGCUGUGACCUUAAAAGUGUGCUGUGGAGUAGAUCACAUGGUUGCUUUAUGUAAACCAUUCUGAUCUGAUGCAAGGAGACUAGAAUAAAGUUCAUUAUGUAUA